AUGGUCGUAGUGGGAAAACAGCGCGAGGAGAAUGUUGCGGAGCCUGUGCUGGCUAGCUUGUUGACCGAUGACCAUUUUGGUCAUCCAACCGGGAACAUCGUAGAUGGACGCCACGAGUACGCGAUUGAAGAGAACCUCAAGGGCUUUCUGGGUGCUGCAUACUCCCUAGGAGCCAUUAUCUCCCUGCCUUUUGUCCCAUACGUCAACCAGCGAGUCGGACGACGGUGGACGAUCAUGUUUGGCUCAUGCGUGAGCUUGGCCGGGGCCCUUAUCCAGGGUUUCUCCAAUGGAGUGGCUAUGUACAUAGUCGCGCGUAUCAUUCUAGGAUUCGGAAUCCCCUUCUGCAUCGUCGCGGGGUCAUCUUUGCUGGGAGAGCUGGGUUACCCCAAGGAACGACCCAUUCUCACCUCGCUAUUCAACUCCUCCUACUUCAUCGGCCAGAUCAUCGCGGCAGCCGUGGGGCUGGGAACAGUGACCAUUGCUUCAGACUGGGCAUGGCGGAUCCCAUCUCUACUUCAGAUUGCGCCCGCUAUGAUCCAGAUCGCGACGGUGAUGUUCCUCCCGGAAAGUCCCCGAUACCUUAUUAGCAAAGACCGCUAUGAUGACGCCUUCGAUAUCCUUACUAAGUACCACGCGGAGGGUGACCGCAGCUCGAUCAUUGUCAAGGCUGAACUGGCGCAGAUCGAGCGCACCAUCAAGAUGGAACUCGAAGAGUCAAAACAAUCAUGGUGGGACAUGUUCCGCACAGCAGGUAUGCGUCGUCGACUGUUUAUCUCCGCUUUUCUCGGCCUGUUCACGCAGUGGUCCGGCAACACGCUCAUUUCGUACUACCUCAGUGACCUCCUGAACAUGGUCGGAAUCACCGACAGCGUGAUUAAGUCUAAGAUCAACAUCGGCAUCGCCUGCUGGGGUCUUGUCUGUGGCACUGCGCUGGCGCUGACAGCGCCACGCUUCAAGCGUCGGCCAAUGUACCUGACCUGUGCAAGCUGCCUGCUGUGCGUGUAUAUCGCAUGGACCAUCUCCAUGGAGCGCUUCAUGACUACAAAGGCUCAAUCCGCAGCCAUUGCGACCAUCUUCUUCAUUUUCGCCUAUUCGCCCGCCUACAACCUCGGCUAUAACGCCCUAACCUACACGUAUCUGGUCGAGCUGUUCCCUUAUAUGGGCCGCUCACGCGGUCUCUCCUGGUUCCAGUUCUACGGCCGCGGCGCAGCCUUUUUCGCCACCUACGUGAACCCCGUUGGUCUGGUGCGCAUCGCCUGGAAGUGGCUCCUGGUGUACUGCUGUUGGCUGCUAUUUGAGCUGGUGUUUAUCUACUUCUUCUUCCCUGAAACUGCGGGCUACACUCUGGAAGAGCUGUCGUUCUUGUUUGAGGAUAAAGAGAAGGCGAAUGAGGUUGCUGCAGCCGUCCACAAACAGCUCGAUAAGGAUGACAAGAAGAAAAAUGUCACAGCGCAUGUGGAGGUCCAAGAGACUAAAAAUGCUGUUUGA